GGGCUGAAGUGAAGCGUGAUGACCGGGAACAGACCGGUGCUGUCGGGAUGAGGAGCGCGUUCACUGGUGGAUAUUAGAGGAAUCAGCCUGUUGCUCAGCUGCUGCAAGUGCGCGUGUGUCGUCUUUCUCCAGCGGGAGGUCUGAUGGCAGAGAGGCGGACCAGAGGCAUGACCGGCUCGGAUCACAGCAGGAGCACGGCGGCCCGGGCCACUGCUAUAGCCGAGACACUGCACCAUGAGUGCUGCAUACUACUGGAGCUUUAUAGAAAGAAGGAGAGGUUCACCGUGGAGGAGUCGGUGGCUGACCGUCGCCUGGUGUCUGUCCCUCCUCCCUCCUCGCAGCUGGACACCAGGGACACGCUCUGGCGCCUCCACUCUGCUCUGCUACAGUGCCGCAGCUUGCUGGACAGAGCCAUCGCCAAAGAGGAACAGGAGCUGGGUGGCGGGAAGAAGGGCGACUACGAGACCCAGAGGAAAAUGGUGAGGGAAAGACUCUCGCUUCUCCUAAUCAACACAGGAGAGCUCCUCAAGGCUGUAGAUGGCACGGCAGUCCUCACCCCCAAUUUGGACGGCCUUGAGUUAGAAGGUCCGAGCAUCCUGUUUGAGCUGAAGCUUUGGAUUUAUCGGAUCUACAAGGAGGUGGAGCACUGGACCAAGACAGCCAUCACCACCUUGCAGGGCCUGCCCUCUGUGACAGACAAGGAGCGGGCGAGGGGCGCGCGGCUCAGGAGCAUGAGGAGCGCUCGGAGAUGAGAGGGAGACAUGAGGAGUGUGUGUGUGGGCGAAGUGGAGGAAUGAGAGAGAGAGAGAGAAAAAGAGGUUAGAAAUGGAGAGGUAAGAGGGUGACGGAAUGGAAAGAUGAGUUGAGUUGGGGCCAAAGUGAGAACCUGGCUGAUAUGGAGAGAGAAUGAAUGGAUGAGAGAUCAUCACCAGCUAAAAGAGACACAUACAGAUCUGGCACAGAGAGAUGUGUUGAGAGGGUGGGUUUCUCUUCUGUUUACAGGAUCUGAGGCUUCAGACUCUAACCAUUCAGAGCUAAUAGCAUCUGAUGGAAAAAGUGUAUUUUAAAUAUGACAGAUUCUAAUACAUUUAUGUAUUUAUUGUUUCUAUCUAUUAGAUGAAAUCUAACGUGUAAAUUCAGAGUUAAGAUACUUUUUCUUUCUUUCUUUGACCACGAGUAAACUAAAGCUUUGUUUUCCCUGUGCUUGCGGUACUUCUGUACAUCUGAAGUUAUUAUUUAAGAUAUACUGCCAGGUUUCACACAUUCUGAUGAAAAUAAGAACAUUUGAAGAACUGUAGGUUUGAAUACUGUGGCUUUAAAUGACCCCAAAUAGAUUAUUACCAGGGGCUGUUCAGAGUAUGAGGGAAAAAUAUGUAACAGCACCCUCUAGUGUUUACAUAUUGCUAUUGCAUACAAUUUAUUCCUUCCUUUCUUUCUUGAUUUUCCAGGAUAAUUCCAAUUAUGUCAAAUGAUGCUGUGUUCUAAUAGGUUUAUGUUAUAUUGUUACACUUUUUGUUUAAAAUAUGUUUUAUUGAGCCAAAGAAAGUUAUGUAAACAGAGUAUACUGUGGAGUCCUCGCUCAUAUUCAUAAAACAAAAAGAACUUUAAAAAUUAUUAUACUGAACAUUCAUAAAUUAUAAAGCCGGUGAUAUCUGUGUACACUAUCAAGGUAAAAUGGCUUCACUUGAAAAGGAUACAUACAUAGAAAUAAUUUCACACAAAAAGGUAAAUAAAUGUGUAUAUGCUAAAUAAACGAUACAUACUAUAUAAAUAAGUAAACUAGAAUGGAACUCAGUAGAGCAUAUAGCACUGCCAAGGUCCCAUUAGAUUCAAUCAAGCUGCACCAAAUUACACACAAUCAUAGAUAUCAGUCCCAUGAAUGUGCCUGAUGUUGUUUAUUAAGAUCCAUGAAUUAUUCUCCUGGACUUGGGUGAAAAUAUCAAAAAAGUAUCUUGCAAUGUUAAAGAAAAUGAUACAUAAAUCUGGAUCUGUACCAAAAUUGAAUGGCUUCUUUCUUGGCCCAUGUCCCAUCCUUUCACCAAGUUUCAUGGAAAUCAGUUUUUGCGUAAAACUGCUGACAAACAAACAACCAAACUAACGAGCAGGGGCAAAUAGGAAAAAGUAAUGUGAGAAAAUUCACAAUCUAUGUCUAAGACAAAGAACAUAACUCAGAUGAGGUCGUCUAAGAAAUAUAUUUACUUAUUUUAUUCAUCCUCAUUAUCUAAACCCCCCAUAUUCCCCUGUCCCCUACCCUUACUCAAUUAUGUGUCGGGUACAAUGGGAUAGUUAGGACCCUAAGCAAUGAAACCAUUUUAUGGACAAAUGAAUGUGUUGUGGAAAUACUUGCAAUAAAUCUGCAAACUCAAGUGAUAAAUAAUGGCCUAUUCUCAUUUAUUAUAUCCUACUGAUUUUAAUAAUUUGAAGUCAUAAAAACUGCAUUUUCCCUCAGCAAGAGGGCGACAAAAAUCAUGUCCUCCAUCACAAUAUGAACAAAAGUUUUGAGGCACAUUUUCCAAUUUGACUUGAUCCAAAUUCAGUCGGCAGCCAAAAAGGAUUUGUGUCCAUCACGUGGUCAGUCAUCUGUCCACUGAGCAGCUGCAGCUUGCACUGAGUUACUCGACAUAUACUGUAAAAUAGAUGACGAGUUAACUCGUGGAUCGACACAUGCCACGCUGUUCUUUAUUCGGCUGCGGUACUAAUUAAAUUAGCACCAGCCAUAGACUCGCUUCGUCUUUAAUAAUGCAUGAAGCUUCGGGGGCAAGUUAAAGGAAGAAGAUACUGUGAAUUGGAUUGAAUCCUAUGUAGAAUAUUCUGGUCUAGAUAACCAAAGAUAAUCCAUGACCACGUUUAGUAAGUCCUAUGCAGUAUUUUCAUUUCAUGUAUAAGGGGACCAUGUAACAUUUAAACGUUUCUUUAGGUCAAGGGCUGCAGGUUGCAUUGAGUUAAUGUUUGCAUUGUUACAUGCUGUAGGUUGAUAAACUGGUAGUAGCUGCACUGGGAGUUUAAACAAAAGCCUGUGUGGUGCUUGAGCGAUACAGGAAACUGGAUGUUGUUACUGGAAGGAAACAUGAAUUCAUUUGGUCAUUUGAUCUGAGUCACCAUCAUUAAUUCCCAGAUUCAAUUUGACCCCUGAGAAAAUAAGAGCUACUGCACAUGUGAAAAACGUAUUCCCUGAAUGAUGAAUGAAUAUACAUCGUAUAGCACAUAAACAUCAGAAAUAUAAAAAUAAUGGGAGUGCAGUGUGUUUUAAUACGAUACACUGUAAAUGUAAUACAUGUAUUGCAUUUGCUGUUCCGUUAGGGAUUUUGAGGGGAUGUAUUAUGUUGUUUUUUUUUAAAAUCUACUCUGAUGAUGAACUAUCUGCUGGACUACACAGAGCAUAAAUCUUCUUUAUUUUAUUUUUUUUCCAAAAAGGAUUUUCCGGCUCUGCUCUCUGUUCUGAGUUGCUUGAUUUGCUGGCCUGGUUGGCCCCGGAUCAAGAACAGUCAAAGACAAGAGAACUUAAGCCCAAGUUUGAAUAUCCUGUCAAUGAGUUCAAAGGCUUAGCAAAGACAUUACUCUUACUGUAGUAACUGUAUGUGACAGCAUUUUACUGUGGAAAGUCAUUGUGGUGGUGUGAUUUUUUUUUUUCCGUCUCAGUUGGUCAAUUCAUUGGUCUCAUUGAAAUGAGGGCGUCUGUGUGUCUUUGAUUCUGUGCUUUUGUUGGUCUGAAUGCAGGAGCCAGAACAUUAGCUCUAUGGGGAAACAGCUUCAUGUCACAGCUCUAUAGCUGUUUUCAGACAUGAACUCCGGAAAAUGUCCUGGAAAAUUGGGUCUGGACUUUCUCCAGAGUUUGUUUUUCACGUGUGAAGAACACAGGAGGAGAUUGUCCAAGUAAGACACGUUCUCAACAACAGGAAAAUGUCGGAAUCAUCCCGGCGACUGAGUAGAGCAUGCAGGAGGCAGGACGUGACUGAUCAAUUCCGCUGUGGGAAUCAUGUGUUUUGGUGACCACGUCACCAUAAGCCCACAAAACUAAUCCUUCCAAGUUGACAACUUUGUAGGCAUCUUCCCUGUGAAUGGCACCUGUUUUUCAUCCGGAGAUAUUUGUUGUCUUAUUGUUUUUGAUUGUUAUUUUCUCAGUUUUGUGUCGGUCAUUGACACACCCACCCACUCGCUCGUUGUGAAUUUUCCGAAAAUGUUCCUGCUGUCUUCUUACGUGAGCUCAUUCUGAGAUUAUCCGGACAUUUUACGAGGGUGCUGGCCGGAACAGUUACAGGAAAUGACAGUUGACUAGGACAUUUCGUAGUCACGCACAGCCUCUUCAGGAAAAUCUCCAGGGUUAAGUUCUCGUCUGAAAAUGGCUAUAGACUCAUUUUAGCCUGUCAAUCUCCCACAGACCCUGGUAAGAACAGUGCUCCUGUCUAAACGGUUGUUUUAAUUUACUAUUGAUUGAUUGUAUUACUAUUUUUUCACUUUUACCACGUGUCUUUCCAAAUGUAGUUUGUUACGCCACCAAGUGCCCUCUCUUGUGACCUCUGGUUUAGCGAGAGCUAGCUGGAGACAAAUGGCUGCCAGCACAAAGAGAGGAUUAGGUUACCAUCACAUCUGUCUAUAAGCAGCAAUCAUACAGCAGGAAGCAGCCACACUCAUUAGGGUUGUCAGCUUUAUCAUAAAGAAUGUGUGGUGAACCUUCUUCAUCCCUGAUGGUAGCGAAGUGGACUUAUUGAUUUAUGUAUGAAUUGUCUCAGUGUCAUUGACAUCAUUCUUUGUAUGGUCAAGCGACAAUAAACCCUGUCCUGCAAAUGUGGCUUUAUCUGUGCAAUGACUCUCACUGGAGCAGACACCGAAGCUAGAUUUAAUCUUUGGGCUGACAAAUUUAUUUUGCAUUUCUUUUGUCACUGUGGUCUAAAAAGUCUCUUUUGAAAGAAAGUGUCUCAAAUUAAAUCUUUUUUCUCUUGAGGUUUUGCAGCAAAGCCCCUUUCAGACAUGGAUACUGUAACAUUGCUGGGUUCAUCUAACAUACAGCAGGCCUCAGUCCACAGCUCUCACACCCAUACAGGAUGUUAUGUAUUAACAGAGCAUGCUUGAUAUUUGGCAUCUUGGCAGUGUAGUGUGAAUAUUUUUUGUUUAAGUUUCGAACCUGCAACAAGUGUGAAAAUGUUGUCUGCUGUUUGGCUUGAAAAUGACUUGAAGGUAGGGUUGGUGAGUUGAAAUCCUCUUCACGUCUCAAAUGCCAUCAAUAAAUAAAGUUGCCUGUGCUCUCAUGCGCAUGACCGGAGUCUUCAGCUGGGAGACGAUAGUCAGCAGUUAGGGAGCAAAUCAGGGAAAGUCUCCACUUUUCAGGCAGUGUGCGUUCAUGGGGGUAGCAGCUUUGAUGAGAGGGCCGACAGGAGGUUGUGGUAUCAGUUGCAUAUUUUCAAAGUGUAGCCUGCUUUUGCUAGCAUUUCCAGAAUUACCAACCCAAGCUUUAAAUAGGUAAUACAUCAUAAACAUACAUUAUGUUGUCAAUGAACUUACUGGAUAUCAGCUCAGCAAAGUUAUGGAUAUAGGUCAGACAUAGGUUUUACUGAGGUACACUGCUAACCUGAUUUGUUAUCUUUUUCUCUGUUAGGAGGGACAGGCAUUCUUUUUUGAGUUUUUACUAAAGUAGCUUGAUUCGCUUGCAGACGUCUCUAACUAGUCAAAUCUGCUGCUUCGAACUUUCCGUUGUGAUCAAAAUGCAGCACACUGUUCCGACUCUCCAUUCAUGAUUUGUUGCACACUUGACAUUAUCACAUGUAAGAAGCCUUUCAUCUGGAUUUUGGCUUCACUGUCUGUGUUUUUUUUCCCAAGUUUGUGUCACAGAGAAAAAGAUGCUACAGAAAUCUUGCUGAGAAAACGAGUCAGACAGUUUUCAAGCCGACAUGUAAAACUUUCUUUGAGUCGCCAUCUACAGUCUAAAUAUUGUUUUAUUUUUCAUUUAAGGACUAAAUGAUUGUGUAUCAAGAAAAUAAAAUGAAUAAUAAAUCAAAGAGAGAUAAUGUGUUGAAGCAUUGUGAACAUAACAUCAAAGUAAUGUACAGUCUUUAACAUUUUUCUGAAACUUUGGUGGCAGAACGUAUUUAUUAUUGACUUCACUCUGAGGGUGUGUGAGUGGACUGAAAUAAAUUGAUCUUGACUAAACUUUGAA